CUAUUCGAUAGCCUGACUACCUGUUUGCAUUUUUAUUUACCUGCGUUUAUUUUCACCUGAUUUUUGUCUCAGUAAUUUUUCUACUUUUCCGUUUCGUUUAUCUUCAGUGCGAAAGACAAAAGAUAAAUAAUGGCCCGUUACUUUAAAGAGCAGGACAUCGAUGAGUUCCGUGAGUGUUUCUACCUUUUUGCGCGUUCGGGACAAAUUACCAACUUGGAUGAACUAACUGUUAUAAUGCGGUCCUUGGGCUUGUCACCCACAAUUCAAGAGCUGAUUUCGUAUUUGAAGAAAAAGAAUGGCAAGAUGAGUUUCGCCGACUUUCUCGAUAUUAUGCAUCAGCACUCGAAGGUCGAGAAUCUGCCAAACGAAGUUAUUGCCGCAUUUAAGGCAGCCGAUCCGCAGAACAAAGGCACCAUAUCAGCCAAGCAGCUGCGUAACCUGUUGCAAAACUGGGGCGAGGGCUUGUCUGUACGUGAGGUGGACAAUAUCUUUCGAGAAGCCAAUGUCAACAAUAAUAGCACAGUGCGCUAUGCAGACUUUGUGAAGAUAGCUUGUGCUCCCGUGCCCGACUAUUAUUGAAGUUGCAUGCAGCGCAGUUUUAUACAAUUAUGCAUCUACAUUCCAAAAUAUUCCAGUACUGUUGCACCACUAUUCAACAAAUUACACAUUUAAUAUUUAUUUUGUA